AUGGCCCACCGCUGCUACAUCGUCCCGCCUCACCUCCUGAAAGCCAUCUCCGAAUCCUCCCACAACUCGGAUAGUAUCCGCCAAGCAGCUCGAUCAGCCCUCAUUGCUCGCGAGACACUUGCCGCCAAACGCAGGCUGCACAUUGAGUCCGUGGUCCAGAGCCGACGCACCAGCCGUGCUCCGCCGCCAACCAGUCCCUUUGUUCCCGCCUCUGUCCUUCGCUCUCUAUCUCAGUCUGAGCAUGUGGACGAGGAGGCUCGAGCGCGCGCAGCCAAAGACCUCGAACAUGCUCUCUACCUUGAGUCUCGAGCAAAGGAGGGCGGUGAAGCGGCUCAGGCUCAGCUGGAUGCAGACCCGGUAAAGUCAACGACAAAGCGAUCCAUCUACGACGCCGGGCACACCUCGAGCGAGAGCAAGCUGCCUGGCAAGCUUGUCCGGGGUGAGGGUAACAAGGAAGCCCAGGACAAGAGUGUCAACGAGGCGUAUGACAAUGUCGGAACUGUGUUGCAGUUUUACAAAGACAAGUUCAAGUGGAUUUCCAUUGACAACAAGAACUCCGACGUUAUCAGCUCUGUACACUUUGGUGAAAUGUACGAAAACGCUUUCUGGGAUACCGAGGAGCGGCAAAUGGUGUUUGGCGACGGCGGCGAGUUUCUGAGCAACUUUGUUGGCGCCAUUGACGUUAUUGGGCACGAGUUGACGCAUGCCGUUACGGAGCAUACGAGUCCCCUCAAUUAUCAGGGACAGCCCGGUGCUCUGAACGAGCAUGUCUCCGACGUGUUUGGCAUCAUGAUCAAGCAAAAGGUGCAGAAUGAAACGGCAGCCAGCGCCGACUGGCUCAUCGGCGAAGACUGCAUCCUCCCAGGCGUCAAAGGAGUUGCCCUCCGGAGCAUGAAAGCCCCGGGAACAGCAUACAACGACCCUCGUUUUGGCAAAGAUCCCCAAGUCGACAACAUGAAAGACUAUACCACGACAUUCGAGGACAACGGCGGCGUCCACAUCUUCUCUGGCAUUCCCAACAAGGCCUUUUACCUGGCGGCCAAGGCCUUUGGCGGCUACUCGUGGGAGAAGGCCGGCCAGAUCUGGUGGAAGACGAUGCGCAGCGGCCAGGUGUCUGAGAACAGCACGUUCCUCCAGUUUGCCGACGCCACCGUCGACACUGCCAAGAAGGAGUUCGGAACUGACGCCGCCAAGACGGUUCGCAAGGCCUGGGACGAUGUGGGCCAAGAAGGCUCCUGUCAAUCACCAGACCUUCCUGUGGGAAAGCCAGACACGCCGAAGCAUAAUGACAUCCGGCUUCGAUACCAGCUCUCGCUACCAACCCUCAGGGCCCUCUCCACAAUUGAGAAAGCGCCUGAUCGUCGAAAGGUUCUCGAGACUGCGUGUCACGCAGCAGAGUUUCGGUCCUUCCCGAUAAAGCAAGACCAGAAGAACCUGUUUCGAGAAAUCAACGACCACACGGGCAUUCCGUACCCGAUCAAUGGCCUCGUCACUGAUCCAUGGCAGAAGGUGUUUUUGCUCAUCCAGAUUGAUCUCUCACGAGCAGGAUGGCCCAACAAGAUAUCUGCAAACGGCCGGAAAGAACUGAUGCGGGAGAGCGGCCGCAUAUACGUCGUGCUGGACCGUGUGCUGAGAUGCCUGGCCGACAUGUUUGGCGAGAGAGAGGACGGCCGGGGCGUUACCGUCACUCUCGAUGUUCUUAGGAGCGUCAAGGCGAAAGUGUGGGAGGGCACCGAAAUGGAACUGCUACAGGUCGAAGGGAUUGGCGCGGCCAAGAUGAAGCGUCUUACCGAUGCGGGUAUCAAGACCAUCAAGCAACUUGCUGGACUGGAGUUUUACCAUAUCGAACGACUUCUCAGCAGAAACCCGCCCUUUGGGCACCAGCUGCUCACUCAACUGUCGGGAUUUCCACUCCUGCAUAUGCAACUUUCUGUGAUAUCCGAGUAUGUCUCUGCGCAGCAUGACAAGCAUGGCAAGCAAGAUACCGCCGCGUCAGUUCUUCAGCAGCCCUGGAUCACCAGAGUGUUGUUGGGAUAUAGCAACGACACUCUGCCCACCUGGUGCAAACGAAAUCCAUGGGCGACUUUGGUCAUUGAAGGCGAUGAUGGCCGGCUCUUGUGGUUCUGGAGAGGGAGCGUAAAGAGGAUUGAGGCUACAAAGGUCAUGUUUGUCCGCCUGGAUGCCAGAAAGGGGGAGAGCAUCAAGGCUACCUUUGCCUGUGAAGGGAUCGUUGGGACUCUCAUACGAACGAUACUGGUCAUCUAG